GGCUGCGAGGGCCAGAGCCAGCAUCCCAGCCCAGGAGCUGCCAGAGAUGCUGCUGCCGCUGCUGUCCCUCCUCCUGCUGCUGCUGCUGUCCCUGCUGCUGCUGCUGCUGCUGCUGCCGCCACUGCCCCUGCUCAGGCGCCGGCCGCCCCGGGAUGCCGGGCUGUCCUGGCUUGCCAGCCUCCAGCACCGGCUGGCCUGGGGGGCGCUGGGCUGGGCGGCUGCCUGGCAGCAGCGGAGACUGGAGCAGAGCACUGUGCACGCAGGCCAGAGGCAGCAGCAGGCCCUGAGGUGGUGUCUUCAGGGAGCCCAGGGUUCCCGCUGUCCCCUCGCAGGGAGCACAGACACGAGCACCUUCAGGAGUCACCUCCCUCUGACCGAGACCAGCCAGGCCCAGGAGGAAGAAAGGCAGGAGCAGCUCUUGCCCCCCACCGCAACCCGGUACCAUGGGGAGGCCUCUCUGCAGGCCACCCUGCUGAGUCUGGAGGCCCUAAGCAAGGCCUACCCAGAAGUGCUGGCUCCUGGAGGCACUGCUCGUGUGACUCCCACCUCCCCCUGGCCCUGCCCCCUCCCCUGGCCCUGCCAAGUUCUGGACCAGGUUGGCCCCCCUGGGGCCCAGGACUCCAGGUCCCUGCUGCUUGAGGCACUGAGGCACCCAGGGCUGCGGGUUCUGGAAGCCGGGACAGCAGCCGAACUCCUGGAUAUUUUCUUGGGCUUGGAGGCUGAUGGUGAAGAGCUGGCUGAGGCAAUAGCUGCUGGGAACCCAGGAGUGCCCCUCCCCAGGCGGGCAGCUGAACUGCGGGAGACCCUGGAGCAGGGGCCCCGAGGACUGGCCCUCCGGCUCUGGCCGAAGCUUCAGGUGGUGGUGACUCUGGACGCAGGAGGUCAAGCCGAGGCGGUGGCUGCCCUGGGGGCCUUGUGGUGCCAAGGCCUAGCCUUUUUCUCGCCUGCUUAUGCUGCCGCUGGAGGCGUGGUGGGCCUGAGCCUGUGGCCAGAGCAGCCCCGCGGGUGCUACCUGCUGCCCCCUGGAGCUCCCUUCAUCGAACUGCUCCAAGUCACGAAGGGAGCCCAGGAAGAGGCUGCCCCCACCCUUCUGCUGGCCGAGGCCCAGCAGGGCGAGGAGUAUGAGCUGGUGCUGACCGACCGUGCCGGCCUCACCAGGUGCCGCCAGGGUGAUGUGGUCCGGGUGGUGGGUGCCUACAACCAGUGUCCAGUAGUCAGGUUCAUCCGCAGGCUGGGCCAGGCCCUGAAUGUGCGGGGAGAAGACAUUGAAGAGGACACAUUCUCUGAGGCCCUGAGCCGGGCGGUGGGGCAGUGGCCAGGGGCCAAGCUGCUGGACCACAGCUGUAUAGAGAGCAGCAUUCUGGAUUCCUCCGAGGGCUCUGCUCCCCACUAUGAGGUGUUUGUGGCUCUGAGGGGGCUGAGAAACCUGUCAGAGCAAAACCGAGACAAGCUUGACCGCUGCCUCCAGGAAGUCUCUCCCCGCUACAAGUCCCUGCGGUUCCGGGGCAGCGUGGGCCCUGCCAGAGUCCACCUGGUGGAGCCGGGGACCUUCCGAGCACUCCGGGAAGCCCUGGCUGCCCGCCCCGAGUCCCGGUUCCCUCCGGAGAUGCCCCGCGUCCUUCGGCACAGGCACCUGGCCCAGUUCCUGCAGAGGGGGGUGGUGUCCUGAGCUGAGGCCUGCCCCCUGCCCGGUCCACCUCACAGGUCACCUCACUCUUUCCUCUGGGGCCUCUCUGGAUGGGGAGCCCCUGGCCAGGGCCUCUGACUCUGUGUCACCUGACAGUCACUCAUCAGAGCUGCUGGGUCUUGGGGCCGGGCGGGGGGUACCGGUCCGACCUGGGCGGCGGUUCUGAGGCGUGGGCUUCAAAGCAUAGAUGCCAGCAGUGCCCCGCCCCGAGCCCCCUGCCCACCCUGGAAGGAACUGCUCCAGAGCCCCCCACACGCCGGCGGUCCUGUGUCCAGCCCAGCACACCGGCAGGCCAGCAGGGAUGGGACUCACAGCCCCGGAAGCGGCCCUCGGUCAACAGGGAACAGGAGCUGGUGGAUGCAGGCCUCAGUUUCUCUGUGCCUCGGUGGGGUGAUCCGGAAGCAGCCUCUGCACCGUCUCUGGAGGGUGCCCUCCAGCUGCCCACAGCAGGAACCUGACCCUAACUGGUCUCCCUCCCAUCCCCGCCCCUUAGUGUGCUUUCUGGGAUCACCUCCAAAAUAAACCUUUUGCACCCAGAUUCUUGACUUGGGGUCUGUGUGGGGAAGCUGUAGU